AUGCGCGAGCCUGGAACCAAGGAUCCAGACUUUGUUGAUGAACACCUUCAAGUGCUUCAAGAGAGAUCGCACCAGCUUCGAACAUUCCACAUAAACACACAAAGCAUGGCAUCUUCGUUUGACAAGUUACUCGCUACAAUAGACGAGUACCCUUUUGACAUUGCGACUAGGAGUGAAACAUGGCUUAAAGAUAAUCCGCUCCUAUUGCAGUGUGCCACCAUUCCUAGCUACAGUCACGUUUUUCGCAAUCACAACAAGAUCCGUGGAGGCGGUGUUGGAGCACAUUUGAGGGAAAGCAUAAGCUACAAAAGGCGUAUUGAUAUUGAGAAUAUAGCCCCAGAUUUAGAACACUUAUUUGUAGAGAUCCCAGGCCGUAAUAAACAUGUUAAAAUGCUUUUAUGGGUUCUCUUUCGAUCGGAACUUAUUCAGAAACCACCAAACGUGGCUCGACACAGUAGAGAAAUUAUUCGGCCAGUUGAAUGUUCUUCGGAAUGGUCUUAUUGUCGCUACCGUUGA